AUGGAUACGGAACCAGAACCGAAUCCCACAAGUCCUCGCAAGAAAGUAAAAAGCCCUUCGCAAGAUGUACCUGUCAAUCCUAGGACUUGCAUCACGUGCACAAAUGUCCCUGACUGUCUAUUUGAUGCUACAGCAGCGGGUAAACACUUCAGCAAGUUUGGACGUGUACAAAAGAUCAGAUUAGCCCCUAAGAAACAUCUGUGUAUUAUUGAAUUUGAACACCCAAGCUCUGUUGAAAGGGCUUUAUUGAAUGCUGGAGCUUAUGAUGGAUUUAUGUUUGAUGUUACUCGCACUAAACUGAGAGCGCGACGACGUAGCACGAGGAAGGAAGAUGACCCAGACUGGGUUCCAGAUCCUGAAGUUGAACAGGAGUUGUCAGCAAUGGGAGGUACUCCAACAUACAGAUUCACUCGCGCCCGUAAUUCAAUGGAUGUCGAGAAAUCUAGCCUGGUUGUUUCAUCUCCAAGAAUGAAAGCACUGCAGCAGACUCUGAAACAACCACCUGUGAAGAAAAAACUUCCAGUCAGAGAAAAAAAAUCUGUAGUCCAGCCAGCAGGUUUAAUAGAGCCUCCAGUGGCAGUGACGACGACACAAACAAAUCUUAGUACCUUAGAAGCUGCGACGGAAUUGCAUCAGCUUCGUUCGAAGAUAUCACUCACUCCUGAUGAGCAAUGGCGAAUUCUCGAUGCAAGAGACAGAGUGCUAAGAGCUUGGGGAGGUGCUGGUUCAAGAGUCAAAGUUGGAGGUGCAACUAUUGGUACAUGUCAAGACAUGUGCCCGGAAAAAGAGUUGCUACAAAGACAAUCGGAACACCAGGUGAUGACUCUCGAGUCAGUGCCAGAGUCAGACGGCGAGCUGGACACUUGGCGCGCAGUUAAACAGUAUAGCCGCAGUUCAGCCGACCAGGAGAUCCCCAUGUGCUAUGAACUUCGCCCCCCACAAGUGCUACUGCGCACCUGCGCAUACCUACUACAUGAGAUCGCCGAUACCAAACGACAGGUUUCCUUGGCUGACUGGUUUCAUUUCAUGUGGGAUCGAUUUCGUGGUAUAAGAAAGGAUAUAACACAGCAGGCUCUGUGUUGUGCAGAUUCCAUCAGUUUGGUUGAGAUGUGCGCUCGUUUCCACGCCCAUUGCGCGGCGCGUCUCGCCGACCUCGAACACACGCAGUUCGAUCAGAAGCUUAACACCGACAAUCUCACAAAAUGUCUACAGACAUUGAAGCACAUGUAUGCUGAUGUCAGUCCUGAAGCGAAACCCAGAGAGGCUGAGUUCCGCGGAUAUGUUGCGUUACUCAACCUCGGUGAUGCGAAUUUUUGGUGGGAGAUCAAACAAUUACCAGAGGCGAUACAAAAGUCGGCACCAAUAGCGUUUGCGAUUAACGUAUUUAACGCUUUAGAUAACAAUAACUAUGUAAGGUUCUUCAGACUUAUUAAACACGAAGCCACAUACCUUCAAGCGUGUAUAUUAUUACGAUACUUCAACGACGUCCGUGCUCGGGCACUCGCAAGGAUUGUCAAAGCGUACGCCCCCAGAGGAGGCUCUCGAUAUCCCGCCGAAGACAUGAUAAGGACCCUCGCAUUUGAAUCCAUUGAAAAUCUUAAAUCUUUCAUUAACCACUAUGGUUUGAGAUUCUCUAGAACUGAUGAUUCAGAAAUAUGUGUUAUACUUGAUAGAAACCAAUUCAUAGAGGACAGUGAUCCAUAUCCAAUUUCUAGAGCUAUCGAUCUUGUUGAAUCUAAGAAAAAUUGCUCAGUUGGAGAAAUAAUUGCAGGCGGAUUCCUCCCUGAUAUAAGUUACAGUCAGCACAUUUUAUACACUAGUUUCACUCCGGAUGGUAGAUUGAAGGAAACUGCAUUAACUGCUGAAGAUCAAGGUUACAAUACUAUUAAUGAUAGCAACAAAGAUAUAAAUGCUUUGAAGACAGAGAUUCAAAGGCUUUCUCAAGGUGUCAAAUCGUAUGGCACAGAAAGGCCAGCCGACUCUAAGGCCAAUGUAUUUGUUAAACAUGAACCAAAAUCUUCAAGCUCGAAGCCAGCUCACAAUUUUGCUACACCUGUAGAUACAAAAUUAUUUUCUUUCAAACCCGCUAUACCGGUUGCACCGACAGAUAUUAUAAAAAAUUCACCAGAAAAAAUAUUCAGUUCAGACAAAAAUAUGUUCUCGUUUUCAAAACCUCAAGAAACUGCAGUUGUCAAUAGUAUAUUUUCUGGAACAGAAACUGUAAAGAGUUUAUUUGAUACGAAACCAAAUGUCACCACAAAUAAUAUUUUUUCAAAACAAGAAGUUGAUAAAGGCCAAAGUUCUCAGUCUCUAUUUGGUGGUACAAAGUCUGACGUUAACAAACCCAAAUCCACGAAUGUGUUUGGAGAUGUCGCUAAAAGUGUAUUUAACUCUAAUGAUCAAAAAAGUUCUGUUAAUCAAACUGUUUUUGGUGGUAAUAACAUAUUUACAAAAAAUGUACAGAAGACCGCAGAGAAACAAACUGUAUUUGGUAGUAAAAAUAUAUUUACUGCGAAAGAAGAUAAUAGUACGGAAAAACAAGCACCAUUUAGUUCAAAUAAUAUAUUUGCAAGUGCUAACAAUAAUUUAUUUGUCAAACCAGAUAGUACAAUCACAGUUGAGAAAGGUGGCAACAUAUUUCAGAAGCCAACGGAUACAGGAGAUAAUGAAACGAAAAAUCCUUCUAAAAUAUUUGGUGCCUUUGGAAAGUUGCCUGAAACUAGCAAUAUAUUUUCUAAAUCUGAAAAUGAAAAAACGCAAAAUUUUGCCAAUGGUGAGACUUCCAAGAGUGUUUCACCAGGGAGCCUAUUUAAAAGCGUUUUAAAAGCGCCAAAUGGUUCAGAUGAUAAAACUUAUUCUAUAUUUCAAAGUAAAAAUAAAGCUCAGACAGUUGCUGAUAACAUACUAAAUUCGAUACCCACGACCGGCUCUUCAAUUUAUGAAUUCAAUCAAAAUAAUAAUGAGGCACAAAACCUACCAAACAGCUCGUUGUUGGAGAAUCAGCGUCUUCUCGAAGAACGAGUUAAAGCUGAGGAACGAAAACUACAAGAAGCUAUAAAGAAGCAAGAUGAAAUUAGAAAACAAGAACAAAAGCGUCAGGAAGAAGAAAGACGUAAGGAGGAGGAACGUAAAAGGCAAGAAGAGACGCGUAAAAAGCAAGAAGAAAUUAAACUCCUAGAAGAGAAACGUAAAAGAGAGGAGCAAAAGAAACAAGAGGAGUUAAAGAGGAAGUUAGAAGAACAAAAAAAAGCAGAGUUAAAACGAAAGGCUGAAGAGGAACAGAAAUUCAAAGAAAGAGUUAAUAAAGAAUCUUCAGAACUUGUCGAGGAACUAAUCAAUGAAGUAAAGAAUGAAACAGUGAAAGAUAUGGUUAGUGAGGAAUUGAAAAAACUAAAAAAUUUGAUGGACUUUGCUGCCAUAACUUCAGAUGAAAUAGUUUCUGAUUUAUGUGUUGACAUAUGUAAAUCCGAAAUGAAAGCGGAAACUUUUUUGACUCAAAAAAUAAGGAAAAAAUGGUUUCAUAUUUGGAAGAAAAAUCACUUACGAAAUAUUAAAAGACGAAGUCUUUUAAAUGACACACCAGUUUGGCUGACUCAGAAAACUCCAGUAGAGGAGGCUGCUCUGUUGCGGCGGAUCGUCGAAAACUCCGCUUUAUGCAAUAUGUACGCUAUUCACAGAGGUUACAGGUUUACCGGUGAAGUUAAGCAAUUACCUAAAUCAAAGCCCUAUAACAUUAUGGAAAUUAUUAGAUCUCCUUUGUUGAAGCGCAUGAAACAAAUAAGUUAUCCCUAUGAUAAAUGUUUCUUUUGGAAACUCUCUCUCAUUGUCCCUGGUUCAAUGAAGUAUCUUUAUAGAAAGAUUAAUAUUGAAAACUGGUUAAUAGAUGCGUUUGGUGACAAAAAAAAACAUGAUGUGUCUGAUACUCUUAUACAUGUCAGCAAACAAUCUUGGAAUCAUUUGAUGGAUUUCGCUAUAUCUGUUAGUUUAAUAAGCAAAGAUAAACCAUCUGAUUUUACCGAAGCUGUAGAUGGUGCCAAUGGCCUACUUUUUUAUGCUACUGAAAACGACAAUGACCUUGUUGAAGUGAUACAGGAAACGCUAAAAAGUAAAUAUCCGUAUCAGGUUAUUCCAGUUGCAGUCAUAAUUCCAAUAAUGGAAAGCGACUCACUUCAAACACGUGUAGAAACUCUAUUGGCGGAUCUGGUAAAACGGAAUGUAAUAAUAGCAUACAGGCUAUUCGUUAUAAGUUCAAAAUCAGUGUCAGAAACUUUAGAUAUGACUACCAAAACAGCCAUGAAAUGGUUAGCGAGAAAAUACCCACUUAUUCCACCACUAGAAACAGAUUACUUGAAAUCAUUAUGUCAACGGUACCUCGGCAAUGAAAUAUGGUGCAAAUUGAAAUCACAUACACAUAAUCGUAUGAAUUUAAUUUUAAAAGAUCUGUAUAAAUUAAUUAAAUGUUACAAUACAGCAGUGGAUAAGCUUACCGAUGUUAUUACAAACGAAGACCUCUUCAACUACUCAACAUUUCCACUAGAAUUUCAACCGUAUUUAGAUAGCGCAUCUCCUUAUCCUAAACCAUACGAAUUUAUACCAAGUAGCGCAAGAACAUCUGAUAAUGUUUCGGCGAUAAAGAGAAUUAUGAAUCAUUUAAAGCUGCCUGAUCCAAAAUCAGAUUUUAAUCCAGUGAAUGCGAUUAGCAUGCAGAAUCAAAUAACAGAUUAUUGUAAUCAGAUAGGAUGGUUUGACGAUCCUGCAGAAGUAGUAUGCAAGGUGGUCGCCAUCUUACCACACGAGCUUUCGAAUGUGAGCAUGCCUAACGAGGAUUUUAAACAAUAUUACGCUCACUAUAACCUUUUAGACUUCAUGAAUAUAGUAGUAUACGAAAAGAUUAAUAGACUGAAUAACUUUGAAAACAGGUUUGCUAUAUACGAUAAAUGUGUUUUACAAGAUUAUCGCAGUGCUCUUUGGUUACAUGAAGUUACCGCCAUCAAUGAAUUGAAACACAAAGCUUUCGAUUACGAAGAUGGAAUUGAUUCUUAUAUAGAAUCGAAACGAAGGAAAUUGGCAAUGACUUCACUAGAAUGCUUAAUGUUGGAAGAUAAAGAUAGAACACUAGUUGAAGAGCAGAUAAAGGAAACAGAUGAAAAUAUAUCUAAAUACAAUAACUGUGCAGAAGCAGUAAACCAGCUAGAACAACUAUUAGAGAAAGAAAAAAAUAAAUCUUUGCAAUUUGAAAAGUUCUUGGAGACAGCAUUGGGUGAUUGGUAA